AGAAAGGCCAGUGCAGAGCGAGAGGGUGACUGGGGUAAGCAGUCACCUCCUGUGGAUGGCGGUAACGAAGAGCAGGAAGCUUCGCUCUCAACACUCGACCGUGUUGUCAUGGAUGCUGCAGGUGUGGCAGUGAUGGAUGCUGGAGGAUUUGACCGAGUCGACUGUGGAAAGUCUGUCGGAGUCUUCCUCCUUACAAGCUUCGCCAUAUUCAGCCGCUUUCUUACACUCGCAUGCAAAUAUAGAUCUGCAUCUUUGGAAUGGAUGUACCGAAAGCAGCGAUGACGCAGAUCAGUCACGAACUGGAUCUCUAGAUGUAGCUCGGUCCAUUGACCACGAAAAGAUAUUAGAGAUCACAUGAAAUGCAGGGGUGUGACUAUCUGCCGGAUGACGUCAGUGGAAUUCUCCAGGUUUUGUCCCCCUUUCGUCCCGUCAGACAGGUAGAUCCCAGAAAUCCACCCACGACCGAGCGACAAGUUCACAACAUCGCUGUCUCACGGCUAAAUAAGAAUAAGAAUCGAACCAUGACGGAUGGAACGUUGUAUGGAUACACAGUCAGACGAAGAAGAGCAGCUGUAAGAUAGAACAUGAUCGUUUGUGUUUGUGUUUACAUCUUCGUUCACAAGUUUGGGACGUCCCAACUGAUGGAUGUGGUAAAGUCCACCAGGUCGUCACGUGUCAGUAAUUAUUGCAGUCUAUGCUUCCCUUUUCAGUCUCGCUACAGCUUCUGUCCGUUGCCUCAGCACGGCUUACAAGCUUGGCCUCUAGCAUUUCAUUGACUCCGUUCUGAAGCGUGACAACGCAGUCUACGGGCCUCGCAUGUACACUGAGGGCCCGACCCUCAAUCCUCAUGGGAAGAUUUCGGUUGACUGUUGAGAACCACGAACUGCUCUCAGCCUUGCGUCCCGCUUGCCUGGCGUUUGAAAUGUGCAUGCUGUUCAUUAUGCUUCCUCGUCUUAACUGCGGUGGUUGCCCAGCUGUGUCUACUUCACUGCCCAGUCUCAUACUCAGACAUCGGGUAUUUCCAGUUGAAGAUUGUGCCCUUAUGAUCCAGUAGAUUCUCAACAUUUUCUCACUGUGAUUAUUAAUGCCACCUCUGGAGAUGGUCCUGGGGAUGGUAAACUGUCCCUGGGGACAUGCUUGCCAUCGAGCCUUCUCGUUGCCUGUCGUAUCCCGGCCAGUUCCGGAGAAAACAGUAGAACCGACACAUGCGGCUCUGUGUUUCACAUUGGGAUUGAGCUCAAUUCUCGUCGAGCGCGGACACCACAUUUGUCCAAGAGCUGUUCAGCAGAAUCAUGUAGCCAACCAUCGUAGACGGCCUUCUCUUCUCUUCUUCCACCUCUGAAGAACGCAGUCUGUGUUUUUGGGAAGAUUAGAACCAUGCGGCUCCCUGGAUUUCUUUCUCUUUCCGGUGACACGUUCAGACCUUUAGUUCAGUUCGUGUAAUUGAAUCUCAACUAUGAUUUGUAUUACGUCGGAUCCAUGUUCUUAAUCACGUAUUUCAGCCAUCUCUCUUCAGGGAAUGUUCGAUUUCGACCAUAACAGAGCCAUGUAGUGCUUAUUGCUCGUCGAAAGUGUCCGGUGAGAGCAGGCCCAGCUCAUUGUCAAAAUGGCGGAAGCUGUGUUUAUUAUGGGCCUAGGCCUCGUCGGAAAAGCAGUGAAAAAUCUAGUCCUAACUUUGCUGGAUGUAAAAGAAACCAAGCAGCACAGCAAGAUCAUUUGCAAGGAGAUCGACUUGUUUGUGAAAACGUUGAACGAGAACAUCAAGCUCCUGAAAGUGAACCUGCCCGCCAGCGUGAGCAGACGAGCAUUAGGUGCGUUGUCGUUGUCAUUCUGUUUUCGGUUCCGUCUCUUGAGAUCCAAUGGCGGUCCCAGUCAUCGGUCAUGUUUUGGAGUCAUGGCCACGCCUGCGACCCCGACGAACAUGGGACUGGUUAAGGAAAUGGGAACAUGAAUAGGCAACAUUUUCUUACAGAGUUCAGUUGCCAAUCGAGAGGCGAUCGAGUGCCUGGGCUUGAACUCGUCGUGGCGCAUCAUACGAAGGAAGGGGCGGCGUGACGAAGCCUUGGAUCAGGAAUUGUCGGACAAGAUGGCAGAUUUGAGCUUUGAACAUAUCUCCUCCAAUUGCAUCGGCAAAUUUAUCGCAGAAUCAAGUUUUCCCGCCCGAUCAGCCACACCAAACUUCUGGCUGUCAAGCUGCAGAGACAUGAAAGCAUAGAUUCUAAUAUCAAGUUCCAGUGUUUCAGGAAAAAAAUGUUUUGUUUGCACUGACCUCUGCUUUUG